CUCCGCGCUCCAGCAAUCAGCACGGCGACGCUAAGCUAAGGUAACGGCGGGCGGUGUGUGAGUGUCGCACAUCGCUAUUUGGCCUCUUCUCCGCGGUGAAAUAGUCCUGGCCCACGUAGAAGACCUCGUUACCAUUUUCUCGUAUUUGUCUGGGAUGUAUGGAUGGAUAGUUGACGGAAUCUCGUCGCUGUUUGAGCCCGCUGCGGGGCAAAACCCCACCGAGUGGCCCGGGAAAGGGAACGUUGGCGCGGCGGUGUCCACGCGACCCGACGUGAUAGCUGGAGCACAGCGACAGGAGAGUCACGGCAGACCGGCUAAACGGAACUACCAGAGUGUUGAUGUUGCAGGCAGUGUUUGCCAGAGUGACCCUAUAGAGGUGAAGAGACGCAGGCGAGAUGUAGUCAUCAGCUUUGUGAAAAAGACUGUGGCCGGGGUAGCAGGUCUGCUCAGGCUGCGCAGCCCGCUGACAACCAGGUGUGAGAAGCCUAGACGUUAUGAACAGACACAGCCUGUCACAUUGAUGGGGAUAGAUGAGCUCCACACUUCAUGGCUGAACAGUACUGAGUGGAGAAUGGAUAAACCAGUCGGUGGAGUGAAUGAGAGGGGUGGCAAGAAUCCCUUUCAGAGCUCCUCACCUCCUUUAAUGAGGAAACACAGUGGGACGGCACUCUCUGCUGGUCUCCCUGACAGGGAGAGGAGAGGCUCCCUUCAGCUGCUGCCCUCGAGGUCAACUCUGAGGGCUGGAACCGCUAACUCUGACCCAACCUGCAAUGGCUUUGGUCACAACCGCUGCUACAAGCCCAAUCUCACCGUGGAAGAGGCCAUAAAGCAGAAUAAUAAGGAGCACUACAGACGCCUACUGGAAAUGGUGACAGAAAAAUACAGCAAAAGUCAACCACUGCCUUUCAACCAAACAAAACCACAAGAUGAGUCACAGAGUGAUCACAAACCUGCUGCUUCAGGGAAAACAUUUGAGUCAGUGCCCAGAAAGACGGGAUACACAGCUGCCCCGAGCAUGUUUACAUGGAGGAAUGCAUCUGCUACCAAAGACAGUGUGAUCUCCAGGUGGGCUGGCAUGACUUUCAGCAAGUCAUUCAGUGGCGGCUUCGAGAACACCGAGCCUGUUCGGAAUGCAAAGAAACAUGCUGCAGAGCUGGACCUCUCGACAGAAGUAGCGACUCGCCUCAAUCUCGUGGACAGAGAGACUGUCAGCCGGCCCGACGCACACUCUGCACACACAAGGCACAGCGAUGAGGACAUACCUAAGCUGACAAAAGAAAUGGCAGCAGAGGUGUGCGGCGCUUUGGCUCAGAGUGAUCCUAACCUUGUUCUCAGUGCGGCGUUCAAACUCCGCAUUACACAAAGAGACCUGGCCACACUGCAGGAAGGAGGCUGGCUUAACGACGAGGUGAUGAACUUCUACCUGUCACUGGUCAUGGAGCGAUGUUCUGGCGAAGCAGCAGGAUUAAAAGUCUACUCGUUUAGCACCUUCUUCUUCCCCAAGCUUCGGGGGGGAGCGGGCGGGCAGGCUGGAGGACACGCUGCUGUUAAGCGCUGGACCAAAGCUAUCGACCUCUUCCUCUACGACCUCAUCCUGGUCCCACUCCAUCUGGGUGUCCACUGGGCGAUGGCUGUCAUUGAUUUUAAUUCGAAGACACUGAAGUCAUAUGACUCGAUGGGCCAGAGACAUGAUGACAUCUGUAGUCAAUUACUACUCUAUCUCAGAGAAGAGCAUAAAACAAAGAAAGGCAGAGACCUCGACAGUGCCAAAUGGACUAUUGGAAGCUUGAGGGCCGCUGAUAUUCCCCAGCAGAAAAAUGGCAGUGACUGUGGUGUUUUUGCUUGUAAAUAUGCUGACUAUAUCGCAAAAGGAAGGCCUCUAACCUUCAAACAGUGCCACAUGCCUCUCUUCAGGAAGUUAAUGAUUUGGGAAAUCCUCAAUCGGAAGCUGCUAUAGAGUAUCGCAACAAUCACCUGUCCAUUAACCGCCUAACAACAGAGACUUUCAGAGCAGGAGUAACAUCUGUGUACAGUAACUACAUGGAGACGGGGGGAAAAAAGUAAUAAGUGGGCCAAAGAAGUGGACAGAAAUCUAACCCAGUCUUGUCUGUUCUGGUCUGUAGAAAUCAAACGCUAGUCUUAAGAUUCGCUCAUGUCCCUUUUCCUGUCAGGGACAUGAUAAUGUUUUGUAAUCUCUGAGUUAUAAUUGGAGGCAGUAUUAGGAUGUUAGGAAUGUAUGUAUUGUACAAGCUUUGGCACUACUGACUGAAUGGCUUUUUCUAUUGGCUUUUGGAUUGUUUUGAAGUACUGCCUGAAGUGCCUUCAGCCCUCUGACACUGAGCUCAACACAGAGCAUGCUUCUUUUGUUUGUUUGUUUGUUUGUUUUUUGUAAAUUACCGAGUCAAACAUGAUUCCAAGUCACUUCUGAGGAGCAGGUCUCAAAAUCCAUUAUUUAAAUUGCUGCAGUCAGUGAUGUUUAAGUGUUAUUUGGCUGUUCUCUUCCAAUUAUGAUUGACACAGUGGAUGGCAAAUGAAUACAUGAGGUUGUGAAAUUCAAUAUCUGACAAGAUAGAAAAAUAAAAUACCUCCUUUUCAGACAUAAAAUGCAUGGUUGAGUGUUUGCAAUAUGUAAGUUUUGCUAUUAUUUAUGACUUGACUGAAUGAGAAAGUCUUUAUGGAGUGUGUGUGUAUAUAGUUUGAUCUUCCUCGAUGAGUGGAGCAUUAAUAGUUGGUUGCUCAUAUUUUACACAAGGCGCUGUUAGAUCUGUAAAUCAUGAUCAUAAUGCAAUAGGCUACUUAGGGCUAUUUCAUUGACUUACAGUAUAGUAUACUGCAUAACAAGCUACUGUACACAUGCAUGUUUGACUUCAUGCUAUGAAAAUGUGACUUUUCUUUUUCCCCUGUAAUAAAGUAUUUUUUUAAAUUGGA